CUUUAUCAUAAGAAGUGAAUAUCUAUGUAUCAGUGCCAUUGUUUGGUCUUCCAUGACGUCUUUUUCUCUUUCACUAGAAAGCGCACUUUGAACAAGGUGUGACUCCUGAACGAAAGAAGAUUUUUCGACGUCGUCCUAUGCUGGAACACAAAUCCAACACAGCACUUUUCUGAUCAACACUGGCGCCUCAAGCUCUAUGAGACAUAUCAUAGAAUGCAUUCACAUUACGAACGUUCACCGUACGCACCGUCAUCUAUACUACGAGUUAUCCAUACUCUGAGUGAUCUAUUCUUCAUUCCAGCACAGUGGUGGCCAUCAAAAGCAAACAGCCGUACAUAAUAUCUUCCGCUCGUUUCCUCCAUUCUUUUCUCUAUACUCUUCCCCCAAAUCUAAACAGGCAGCUCAGCUCAGAUCUGUAAUCAUGUCUAGCCAUACUCGCAGUCCACCGUAUUCUGCAUGCCCAGAACAUGAAUACAGUGUGAGUAGAACCAUCGAUACAUACUCCUCGCCAGGUCAUCAUCAACAAGUUACUCCACGCAGAGAACUCAACGAUCAACAACUGAAGGAUGACAAGAAGGACGAAGAAGACAUGGACGUAGUAUCAGAGCUACAAAGAACAAGAAUCAGCGAAAAUCCACCCAGGCGCGUCUACAGCGAAGAUGAACUCAUCUCAGCCCAGGCACUCCUCGAGCUGGGUCACGGAAAUAAGGAUAUAAGAAACCGGAUAGAAACGGAGAGACGUCCGGAGCAGGGGAUGUCAGCACAAGCCCCUGCUGCGAGACCACCAUUCCAAGCCCAGCCACAGGGCGAGAGACUCCCCAGAGAACAACAUGGACGUGGUGGAACCGUAGCAGACCGUCGUCCUCCAUAUCAACUUCGACGACCAAUCGUCCCACAUCACCAGAUUCCGCCCCUUCCCAACACAGAGAACCGUCCCAUUCCCUACGGCCUCGCAGGUCCAAGACCAGCUUGGCAGCCCGUAUUUCCUCCCCGACAACCCCCUCCUCCCCCUCAUCGUUAUCAACAUGCUCCCUGGCAGCCUGCUUUCCCACAGCAGCAGCAACGUGUCGAGGCAUCAGGCCUACCGGCACGCUCUUACACGGACUACCUCGGAGCCCAGCGACUGUUCAUAGAGCAACAAGAAGCGAAUCGUGCUUCUCAAGCACAGCGAGAGCAAGGUAGACAGGGGAGAGAACAGUCACGGGGACACCAUGCAGCAGGUACGGAGCUGGGUCAGAUGAACCAGCGAGGGUGUCCGUGUACGGUGUGUGUAAAUGCACGGGCGAGGAGAUAAGCACUGGAGGAGGAUCUUGGUGUUGGAUAAAGGGUGAUUGUGAGCAAAAGGACAUGAUGCUAUCACGAUAUAACUAUCAAAUGAAGCGGAAGCAAUUUCCUUGCAUG